AUGCCUCUCUUUGUGCUCUCGCCCGCCUCGCUUGCCCACUCGGCUCUUUUCGCUGGCUACUACACGUACCUGUCUGCUAACGUCGGGUACCAGCGCAUUCGCACCGGUAUUCUGGAUGCAAGCAAGUCCGCAAACGACGAAAAGGUUCAGCGUGCCGUGCGUGCGCAUGCAAACUUCUUCGAGUACACUCCCUUUACGUUCGUGCUGCUCUUCCUUGCUGAGCUGAAUGGAGCUCCUACUGCUUGGAUCCACGCUGCAUACUCGACUCUGUUUGUUGCACGUGUCUCGCACGGUUUCGCUAUGCUGCGCCCAUCGCAUCAAAAGGUUCUCCGUAUCUUUGGCUUCGCCGGCACGAUCGUCGUGAUGCUGGGUGCCGGCCUGUACAAUCUGGGUCUCGGCUACGAGCCGCUGAAGUCGUUCCUGGGCAUUCAGUGA